CUAUGACGGUACGUUCCCGUUCACCACGAACUGUUAAUGGAGACUGAAACAGCCAUAUUACUGGCAGCAGAUUCGCCAUAAGUCCAACAACAAGAAAAUGCAUUUUUUGACACUUAGCACGCUUUAACACAAUAUUCCCCAAACCACUUGUCGCGAUGGCAUAUCACAAGCAAACGUUUCAUUCCUGGGUGACAUGAAAUUGGAUAUUACAAUAACAUGGAAGGCCCACCUACAGGAUUUGGGGCUAUCUUCAUGUGCAAGCUCUGUAACUUAUUUUCACCAAAUAGAGUUGAGCUGCUAAAGCAUGUUUGUGAGCAGCACACAGAAGAAGGUCUCACUGCUGAGGAGAUAAUUGUUCCACUACGACCACUGUCUGACCCUAUCAGUUCAGGUAGAACUGAAGAAGAAUUAUCAAUUCUGAAGCGGAAGAGAAAAAGAGGGAGGCCUAAAGGUUCAACAAAGAAAUUUUUUGUAGACAAAGUCAUACCAGAUGCCAACAGCAACAGCAAGCAUGAAGAAAAAACAGAAGAACAUGAUGAUGGAUAUGAACAGGGUAUAUGUGAAGUGGUACCUGAUAGCCUGGAAUGCCAAAAAUGUAACAGAACAUUUUCUAACUCAAGGCAACUUAGGAAGCACAUUUGCCUGAUCAUCUUGAGUGAAGAGGGAGAUGCAGAAGGAGAAAAUGGUUCUGAUCAAGAUGAUGAGCUGGAUGGAAAAGCAAGAAAUGAAGCAAAGGAAAGAACUCCUAAGAAACUCCGAGUGCAAAAAACAGAGAAAAUGAUGUCAUCCAAAGAGUCUGAUCGAUUAAAGAAGCCUGUUAUUAGUGUGGUUUUAACAGCACAUGAAGCCAUUCCAGGAGCUACAGUAAUCACACCAGUUGAGGCAGUUCCACAAGAGGAUGAACCAGCAGCAGCAACAACAGCAGCAGAUGCAGCAGAACCUGCAACAGUUGAGCAAGAUGCAGCUAUUCACAAGGGGUACCAUGAGUAUGCCAUUCAGCAAGCACCAUUUGAGCAACCAAUGAAGUCAAGCAGGUUAGGAUCCACUCAGCUGAAAAUUUUCACGUGUCAGUAUUGUAAUAAAAUAUUUAAAUUUAAGCACUCCCUUCAAGCUCAUCUGAGAAUCCAUACCAAUGAAAAACCAUACAAAUGUACUUUGUGCAGUUAUGCCAGCGCUAUCAAGGCUAACCUUAAUGUUCACAUGCGGAAACACACUGGAGAAAAGUUCAGCUGUGAGUACUGUACAUUCACCUGUCUUAGCAAAGGACACCUAAAAGUUCAUAUUGAAAGAGUUCACAACAAAGUUAAACAACACUGCCGUUUUUGCAAGAAAAAGUAUUCGGACAUCAAAAACUUGCUCAAACACAUUCGAGAAACCCAUGAUAUGCAGGACAAGAAAGUGACAGAAGUGUAUAAUGAACUUCGUUUAAUGACAAGAGAAGGUAAACGCCAGCUGCUUUAUGACUGUCAUGUAUGUGAACGUAAGUUUAAAAAUGAACUGGAUCGAGACAGACAUAUGUUUGUCCAUGGAGACAAGAGACCUUUUGCUUGUGAAUUGUGCGGUCAUGGAGCUACCAAGUACCAAGCUUUAGAACUGCAUGUGCGAAAGCAUCCUUUUGUUUAUGUCUGUUUGGUGUGUACAGUGACCUUUGUUAGUUCAGUAAGGCUCAAGAAACACAUAAAAGAGAUGCAUGGAGCCCUGGAAGUGGAAUCUGUUUUUAAUGAUUCCCUUAAUCAAAGUUACUGUCUUCUAGAACUAGGAGAUGACAUUCAGCCAGAAGCACUAGGGGAAGAACGAAUAAAGCUUGUCACAGACAUUACUCUUUUAGACACCGUCAUGAAAACUGAACAGGCACUUUGUAUGACUGAAUUAGCAAAAAACAUUAAUAAUACUUCUCCUGAUCUGAACAAAGAGGGGGAAAAAGUAACUCAGACAGAGCACUUAAAACUUCAGGAACUUUCUUCUUUGCGAGAUGUUGAAAACCAGCCAUCAAAAACAUCUUUCUUGUUAGGUCCAGCAUUAUCAAAAUGUGUGCAGGUAGAUGCCGGACAUGAGGGUAUGUGUGAUGUUUUUGUUCAGACAGCUGAUCCUCCUACAGAUAAGGGUGUGGCUGUUGAUUGGUUGAAGGACAUGUCUUCUAUCUCUGGCCAAACAGAACUUUCAGAAGAAAAUCAGAAUGCACAACAAACUAAUGCAGGGAGUGCAGAAACUACAAGUGUUGCAACAUUCUUGUCCAAAAACAACUCUUUAAGCCAUGAUACCAUGGCUACUGAUUGUCAGCCUGACUCUUUAAUCAAUUCUGUUACUUCUAGUAAUACAGAUUCUACCAAGACUGUAAAUCAAAAAGUAACAUCUGAUAUUCAAGAAACGCAAGAUCAGUGUGCAGUAUCUACUAUGCCAAAUGAUACCCCUCCUAAUUUAUUUUCUAGUAACCAGGAAAGACCAACUGCUUUUAUGCAAAUUUUGCAUAACUUAAAUAAGAGAUGCAUGAAUACCAGUCUUUUUGAAAAGAUCAAGAAAGUUUAUGGAGACCUGGAAUGUGAAUAUUGUGGAAAAUUUUUCUGGUAUCAGAUGCACUAUGAUAUGCACAUUCGGACUCAUACUCGUGAGCAGCUGUAUUACUGCGCUCAGUGCAACUACUCCUCUGUUACAAAGAACUGCUUGAAGAGGCAUCUUAUUCAGAAACAUAGCAACAUUCUGCUCAAGUGCCCAAAUGAAGGCUGUGACUACUGCACUCCAGACAAAUACAAGCUACAAGCUCAUCUGAAGGGUCAUAGUAAGCUGGAUGGCAGAAGCUAUGUAUGUCCUGUGUGUGGGAAAUCAUUUUCAGAAGCACGACUGAUAAAAGCACAUAUCAAGGCAUACCACCCUGAUGUCUCAACAAAUACCAUCUCAGAGGUUUUGGGCAGAAGAGUUCAGCUCAAAGGGUUGAUAGGAAAGCGAGCAGUAAAAUGUCCAUACUGUGAUUGCUAUUUUAUGAAGAAUGGGUCAGACCUACAGCGCCAUAUUUGGGCUCAUGAAGGAAAGAAACCUUUCAAGUGCUCAGUUUGUGAAUAUGCUACCCGCAGUAAAAGCAAUCUGAAAGCACACAUGAACCGUCACUGCACUGAAAAAACCCACCUUUGUGACAUGUGUGGAAAGAAGUUCAAGUCAAAAGGCACACUGAAAAGUCACAAACAGCUGCAUACUGCUGAUGGAAAACAGUUUAAGUGUGCUGUGUGUGACUACACUACAGCCCAGAAGCCACAGCUCCUGCGACAUAUGGAGCAACAUGCUUCCUUCAAGCCAUUCCGCUGUGCACACUGCCAUUAUUCAUGCAACAUAUCUGGCUCUCUGAGAAGACAUUAUAACAGAAAGCAUCCCAAUGAAGAGUUUGUUAAUAUUGGAACAGAACUAGAUAUGGAGGCACUUACCCGGCAAGGUGCUAUAAAAUGCCCAGUCUGCAGCUUUAUUUAUGGUACUAAAUGGGAGUUGAACCGACAUUUGAAACACAAGCACAGAUUAAAGCUGGUGGAAGUUAAUGGAGAAUCAAAGUGGGAGCAAACUGUUGAUACCCCAUUGGCAGAGGCAUCCACACAGUACCUGCAUAUCACAGAAGCUGAUGAAGAUGCUCACGGGACUCAGGCUGCUGUGGCAGCUCUUCAGGAUCUGCGGUACAAUGCAGACAUUGGUGAAAGGCUUGAUUCCACUGCCGUAAACAUUCUUCAACAGAUCAUUGAAGUGGACUCCAAUAACCAUGAUGCGGCUGUUGCCUCUGUAGUUGCUAUGACAGCUGGAACAGUGACUCUGGUAAAGCAGGUGACUGAAGAGGAGCAGUCUACCAAUCGUGCUGUGAUGAUUCAGGAAGCACUGCAGCAUGCAUCUGUGGGGCUCAGUGAAGAGCACCACCUAGUGGUCUCUUCAGAUGAGGUGGAAGGCAUAGAAACAGUGACUGUGUACACACAAGGAGAAGAAGCCUCUGAGUUUAUAGUCUAUGUACAUGAGGCUGUGCAAGAGGAAGAGGAGGAACAGACUGUAGUGCGAGCAGAAGAAACAUAGUUACAGAGACUUAACAUUAUUGGACAAUCAGGAAAAAGAUUUAUGGGAAUAUAUAGACACUAUUAGAAGACUUUUGUGAAUAUAUGUUCUUAAAAAAAAUCAUUUAUAAAUUAUCUUCCAGACAUUUUAUAUUCAUCUGUCUAUGGCAAGCACCAGCACCUUGCUUUAAUUUUAGUGAAUUUUUGUUUUUCUAUGUCUUGAGAUUAUUUAUAUAUAUGUUUUCGGAACAACAUAUACAUGUGUACACACACACACACUCACACACAUAUUUUUCUUAAUACCGAGUAGUCCAGGUAGUAAAUUUUUGUUCAUUACAGUUAUCUAUAAUGUUCAUUUCCACAUAGCAUUACACAGUCUAGAAGCAUACCAGUUUAAGGGAACCAAGUGUACACAAAUGAGAACUCUGCUGAGAAAAGCUCUUACUAGUUAUUUUGGCUCCCAAAAAUCAAGCAUAAUGCUUUAAAGUUGAUUGUUUUAAGGGUAACUACAUGUGGCAUAUUUUCAUGUAUUGCCAUACAUUAAGAUUAUUCUGCUUCACAAAGUUGUUUAAUUUGGGCUCUGAGAACUAUACAGUGUCUUCCUAAGAUGUCUGUGUUAUUUGGCUGUUUUACCAUAUUCUCAUAUUAGUUCCCAAAUAUGUUUACAAAGCAGUAGUUUGAGGACUCAAAUUCUUGGAUGUAGUACACUUAGAAGGUAGUCUUGCUUAUACUGGAAUAUUUUCCAGCUUAUUCUGUUUUUCAGUACAUAAGAGGGUCUGCCAAACAGUAUUCAAGGGUACAUUUGCAAAUCCAUUGUAUGUCAACAGGCAUAUCUAGUCAUUAGCCACACACACUGUAGGAAAGUUAUAUUUGGUUAGGUACCACCAUUUGUAACCCUAAAUCUUGCUGCCUGUGCUCUUUAAAUUUCUCCUUAUCACUGCAGAAUGGAUGCCCUGAUGCAUGCCCAUGGGAUGUCUUGCUUUUUCAGCAUGUGUUGCGUUAGAAAUGGUAAAUGUGACAUCCAAACAAAAAAGCUGCAUUUUUAAGUAUACACUGGUAACUAGGCAACCCCCAAAAUCACUCUUUAAAUUCAGUUCUCUGCAAAGAAAGGCAUUUCAAUUAAGUUUUUCUGCUCAUGCAUGACAUGUUUUAAAAUAAUUACACUGUGGUGGUGGUGCUGCGGUAGCGUUGUCGCCUCACAGUUAGACGUUGCCCGUUCAAUUCUCAGAGCGUCU